UGAGAAGGCAGGACCCGCAGGUUGGGAAACCGUGAGGUAAACGAAGCCCUAGUUCGGCGCGGAAGAGGCUGGGGCGAAGGUGACGACGCCGAAGAGACGGACGGGUUGGCCAGUUGGAGUCCCGGACUGCGGCUGUGAAUUUCCCAGCUGCAGAGAGAGAAGUUAGCCACCAUGGAGUCACUCGAGGAGCCGGGAGCGUCCAUGGAUGAGAACUACUUUGUAAACUACACUUUCAGAGAUCGCUCCCACUCAGGCCGAGUGGCUCAGGGCAUCAUGAAGCUGUGUCUGGAGGAGGAGCUCUUUGCCGAUGUCACCAUUUCCGUGGAAGGCCGCGAGUUUCAGCUCCACCGGCUGGUCCUCUCUGCCCAGAGCUGCUUCUUUCGGUCCAUGUUCACGUCCAACCUGAAGGAGGCUCACAACCGGGUGAUUGUGCUGCAGGAUGUCAGCGAGUCUGUGUUCCAGCUGCUGGUGGACUACAUCUACCACGGCACCGUGAAACUCCGGGCUGAUGAGCUGCAGGAAAUCUAUGAGGUGUCAGACAUGUACCAGCUGACGUCUCUCUUUGAGGAAUGUUCUCGGUUUUUGGCCCGCACGGUGCAGGUGGGAAACUGCCUGCAGGUGAUGUGGCUGGCAGAUCGGCACAGUGACCCCGAGCUCUACACCGCCGCCAAGCACUGUGCCAAGACCCACUUGGCCCAGCUGCAGGGCACGGAAGAGUUUCUGCACCUGCCACACCACCUGCUCACGGAUAUCAUCUCAGAUGGAGUUCCAUGUUCCCAGAACCCCACAGAAGCAAUAGAAGCCUGGAUCAAUUUCAAUAAAGAAGAAAGAGAGGCUUUUUCUGAGUCACUCAGGACUAGCUUGAAGGAAAUCGGGGAGAACGUGCACAUUUACCUUAUCGGGAAGGAGUCCUCGCGCACGCACUCCCUGGCCGUGUCGCUGCACUGUGCGGAGGACGACUCCAUCAGCGUCAGCGGCCAGAACAGCCUGUGCCACCAGAUCACGGCAGCCUGCAAGCACGGCGGGGACCUGUACGUGGUGGGCGGCUCCAUCCCGCGGCGCAUGUGGAAGUGCAACAACGCCACGGUGGACUGGGAGUGGUGCGCGCCGCUGCCGCGGGACCGGCUGCAGCACACGCUGGUGUCCGUGCCCGGCAAGGACGCCAUCUACUCGCUGGGGGGCAAGACGCUGCAGGACACGCUCUCCAAUGCCGUCAUCUACUACCGCGUCGGCGACAACGUGUGGACGGAGACGACCCAGCUGGAGGUGGCGGUGUCGGGGGCCGCCGGGGCCAACCUCAACGGGAUCAUCUACUUACUCGGGGGCGAGGAGAACGACCUGGACUUCUUCACCAAGCCCUCCCGCCUCAUCCAGUGUUUCGACACCGAGACGGACAAGUGUCACGUGAAGCCCUACGUGCUGCCCUUCGCGGGCCGCAUGCACGCGGCCGUGCACAAGGAUCUGGUGUUCAUCGUGGCCGAGGGGGACUCCCUGGUGUGCUACAACCCCCUGCUGGACAGCUUCACACGCCUCUGCCUGCCCGAGGCCUGGAGCUCGGCCCCGUCCCUCUGGAAGAUCGCCAGCUGCAACGGCAGCAUCUACGUCUUCCGGGACCGAUACAAGAAGGGGGAUGCCAACACCUACAAGCUCGACCCGGCCACGUCCGCGGUGACCGUCACCAGGGGCCUCAAGGUGCUGCUCACCAACCUGCAGUUCGUGUUGGCCUAAGGUGGGGACGGGGCGAGCAGCUCACGUCUUCACCCUCCGUCUUCCCCACCGCCCCAGCCGGACCCCAAAGCCCUGAGCCCCAAUCCCCAGAACGGUCUUCUGGACACUCUUACGAAGGCAGCCCCUCGGUCCUCGCCUGAGCCCCUAGGGUGACUGGUCAGGGCUUGCUUAGGCCACUGCUGUGCUGGCCGUGUGCACCUAGCGGUGCCCGCCUGCUCUGCCCUCCCCGCACCCUGGGCCUCGCCUCCGCCUCCCGAGCCGUGUGAAGUAGACGCAGCCCCGGUUCUGGGCCAGACGGAAGGCCCAGCCCCCUUGUCCCUGUGGCCGGUGGCACGGUAGUUGAGUUUUUCUCUUGGAGGAUGAGGGCCAGGGUUUCCCUUCCAACUUUGGUUGGAGAAAAGCUAAGCUGAAGGGGUCCUGCACCAGCAAGGGUCAGCUCUGGGAGUCAGCCAUUCAUUUUAGUCUCUCCGUCCACCCAUCCAUCAGCAAAAUGGCUUCUGUUUUCAUUUUGGCUCGCUCCAAGGGUGAGUGGAAACAGAAGGAAUUACUUCUAAUUGACAGCAGAAACUUUCCAAACUCAACAUAAUGUGUAAGGUGUCUGCUCUUUUCAAGGUUCUGGGCUAAAUCGAGCUAUAAACACAUGUUCAUACAAAUAAAGGUUUUUGAAGGGA